CCAUCUGCAUCGACCACCCAAUCCCUCCCUAUAUUUUGCCUCCUCCCUCCUCUCUUUCAGGCCUUCAAAUCUUGCCCCUGUUUGCGCUUCUGCACAUCCCCUCCCCUCCUUCCCUCUCCCCCUAGCCACGGUCUGUUUGUUCUCAACCGAAGAAGAGAAGGAAGGAAGGAAGAAAGGGAGUAUCAAUCAUGGUGAGUACAGCCCGAUCUCUUCCUUUCAGAAUGUUGAUCGAGAAUUGUUCCUUUAAAGGGUCGUUUAUGUUAAUAUUCUACGGGGAUUCCUUGUUGGAAGUCGAAUUCUGCGUCUGGAAUGGCCGUUUGCGACGAAUGCAAACACAAGUUCCAGGACCUUAAAGCGAAGAGGAGUUUCCGCUUCAUUGUGUUCAAGAUCAACGAGAAGGUGCAGCAGGUGGUGGUGGACAAGGUUGGGCAGCCUGGUGAGAGCUAUGAUGAUUUCACAGCCUGCUUACCUGCUGAUGAGUGCCGCUACGCGGUGUUUGAUUUUGACUUCGUCACUGAUGAGAACUGCCAGAAGAGCAAGAUCUUCUUCAUUUCCUGGGCUCCUGACACAUCAAGGGUGAGGAGCAAGAUGCUGUACGCGAGCUCCAAGGACCGCUUCAAGAGGGAACUGGAAGGUAUCCAGGUGGAGCUACAGGCAACUGACCCGAGCGAGAUGAGCAUGGACAUCGUAAAGGCGCGAGCCCUCUGAAAGAAACCCAAGCCCCAGUUACUACGUACACCCACACCCACCAUGGAGCAGAGGACGUUCAUCUGCACCGGCUCCUGUUCUGCAGUUCCUUCCCAUCCAUUUUACCUGUCAUUCUUAUUCCUGGAAGCAAAGUGUUGCGUUCUGUGUGAGACUGUAUGCCGUUUUCAUUCUUCUUCUUUUCCGCCGUGUUUGGUGCCAUAGUCUCUGUUACUGCUGUAAACUAGAACAUAUUUGCAUUUGAUGCCAGGUGUGAAGCCUAAUGUACCUAGGUAAUCACCGAAUUUUCACACACACACACAAAAAAAAUGAUUUUGUCUCAUCAAUAUUUGCCCUUAUGCA